AUGUCUGCCCAAAACCAAAUCGGCGGGCAGCUGCCUGGUCAGCAGCUGCCAGGCCAGCAACAGGUAACCGGCAACUAUUUUCCUCAGUUUGCGCGUCUCCCUGUCGAACUCCAAAUCAUGAUCUUCCAACAAGCGCUCAGAAGACCCAGCGUCCACGUCGUGAUGGUGAAACGUCACAAGAAGGAGAACGAGACGAAGUGGAGUCUCGAUUUCUUUCCGAUGCCCAAGAAGAACGAUCCCUCAGGCUUUCGCCUGGCGCAUACUCUGACCCAGGUCAAUGCUGUCGCGGCAGACGCUGUGCGUCUCGCCAUGGCCGCGUUUGGGUCGGCCGUUCUGCCAUUCAGAAACCUUGUGGGCAUUGCUGACGGUGCCGAGGACCUUCUUGUCCUUGAGUUCACUCACCACAAGUACUGCUCCUACGGCUACUUUCACCAAGCUACGCAGUUUGCCAACGCCCGUGGCCCAGGCGAAUUUGACGAGACGCGUGUAGCAGCCCAAGUGAAGUACUUUCAGAAGGUCGCUAUCACCUACAGCAGCCGACACGACACUGCGAUGAGUCUGCGCAGUGUCUUCCGUUGCUCUCUCACCAACGACGACCGGCAUGUCAAUUUGCGGGCUUGCCCAGUGGAGAUCUUUGGGUUGCUCAACUGCUUCCAAUCGCUGAAGGAGUUCUAUAUUAUACUGCUGCCAAAUCAGGACGUUCACGGAAAGCGUCUGGUCCAGCAAUACGCCCGCAACUUCUUCGCCUUGACCGCGGAGGAACGCCGCAAGCGAAAUCUCGUCGUCUUUUACGACCAGGCCAGGGCUCUUAUCGAGCUCACCCCGGACCUGAUGUACUACCCCGCGCAAGGCGGAGUCCCCGGAGCGGCAAUUUCGCACCCAUACGGUCACUCCCUGUUCCACUUCGAUCUCUACUACGACAUUGUUCAGAUAUUUACUGAGCUCAAAGGGGCGUUCCUUCACACCAGGAUGGGAAACCGACCCUAUCCAUAUCGUCUUAGUGAGCAGGCGCGCAAGAACCUUGUCAUGAAGGUUCUCAUUCCGACCGAUGGAAAUGACUACUAA